UGUGUGCUAGAAGAUGUACAUCUCUACGUAGUGUUCUCGACGACGUCGUCAAGCAAACGCUUCAACCGUUGGUGGCUACUAUACGCCUUUGGCUGACUGAAGGUCGCAUCAUGAAAGGGAACGAAGAGGACUUUUUUAUACAGGGCGCCAGGCAGGCCUCUAACAAUAACAAGAACAACUCGUCUGAUAUCUGGACAAGUGCAUUCACGAUAGAUUUCGAUAAAGUGCCGGCGCUCAUCAGUGAGGAAGUGGCGUUAAAGAUAUUUGUUACGGGUAAAUCGAUCAACUUUGUACGCCAAUGCUGUAGUGAAGGCGAUUGGCUGAGUGACCAACAGAAGCAGAUACAACAGGAAGAAACUGACCCUGAUAGUCUUACUAACAUGGUUCAGAAGGCUUAUCGGCGGGAAACCUCUCUGGUGUUUAAUUUGAUGAUGAAUAAGUAUCGCUUGCAGGAUCAUUUACUGGCGGUGAAAAAGUAG